ACACCACCAUGAAGACUGGUAUUCUGUUCGGUACUCUGGCGCUGGCGUGGCUGAUGGUGGCCCUGGUCGGGGGGAGCGCAUUGGCUUCGAAGUGUCCGCGAAACGCCGGAGUACGCCGGGUGAUACUGGACGUGGACGCCGGUGGAGAUGAUGCCUGGGCGUUAAUUUUGUUGCUGAUGAACGAAGAAAGGUACAACAUUUGUGUCGAGGCCGUAACCUGCACCCACGGAAAUGCUGCCGUAACGGAUGUGGCAGUGAAUGUGUUGCGAAUUCUGGAAGGUCUAAACCGGCUCGACGUUCCGGUGUUCCUGGGUGCCGCGGAGUCGUUAAUUACAUCCACGGCCAACGGAAACGAUUCCCUGCAUUUUUGGGGCAAGAAUGGAUUUGCCAAUGUUGAGUUCGAUUCGAAUCCUUCUACGGGCCACCUGGAAUCGGUCCACGCAGUUCAGAAGAUGUACGAAUUGUUUACUUUGCACCCCAACAAAAUUACGCUUCUGGCGGUGGGACCUCUCACGAAUGUGGCGCUGCUGUUCAGGAUGUACCCGGAGGUGAGGAGCAAAAUCGAAGCCUUGUACAUACUGGGCGGCAAUAGACACGGUGUAGGCAACACGGCACUAGCGGCAGAGUUCAACUUCUACAACGAUCCGGAGGCGGCCAACAUUGUGCUCAGCAGUUGGCCGAAGAUCGUGAAUGUGGUUCCCUGGGAGACGGUGGACUUGUUGGGAUCGGCGUUCCUUACCCAGUGGCGCUUUGAUACGUUCGCCGAGACGACGAAUCCUGCCAUCAAGGUGCUGAAUCGGAUCGAAGCGAUUGUUUAUGCCGGACAUACGGAGUGGACACCGUGCGAUAUGUAUGUGGCGGCCAUCUUUCUCAACGCCAGCAUCAGCACGUCGGUCGUAACGCAUCGGGCCGAGGUGGAGCUCAAUGGGCGCGUGACCCGAGGAAUGAUGGCCAUUUUGCAUCACAUCAAGGACGAAGAGCAACACAAUGUUGCCAUCAUCGAUCGGAUCGACGACGAUCAGGUGCGGCGAAUGAUGGUGGCCUUGAACGACUUUCCGAAGAAACUGGAGCGAAGUCGAUGCAGGGGAUGUUGAUAGGAAGUCGUGAAAGGAUUGCAAACAUUUACUUAACAAACUCCCGUUUAGUGAGAUGAGCAUUCACACCGGUGAGUGCAUCUCAUCUCACGUCUCAUCUCAUUCGCUUUCAGGCUAAU